UUGCUAUUAGUGUUAACGGAGGGAAGCCAAUACGAAGGCUGGGAAAAAUUAGUGUGGGGGCUGUGGCGGAAUACGCCGCCUUUGUUAUAAAAGAAACGGAGACCAACGUUGGACAGGCAGUGGUACUCUGUUGACAGAAAAAUUAGUGCAAUUCAUAGAGGAGUUAACUGGCUAGUGUCAGCUGACGGAUAAUGGCUUGCUUGAAACUUUACACGAUCCUGUUGCUGGCUGUCAUCAUUGGCAUCGUUUCUGCGAAACCAGGAUACCUCGGUGGAUACGGUGGAUACGGUGGAUACGGUGGAUACUAUUAUCCUUACAUUUACAGAUAUCCGUUCUAUGGAUACAAUUACGGGCACGGUUAUGGAUACGGCUUCCCUGGGUAUGGUUACGGUCAUGGAUUUUAUCAUUAUUAAUCGAAAAGGCGAUCGUUUGGACUAUACUGCGAUAUACCCAAAGAAGAUAUACUUACAUCUUUCCUAAUUUUAGACUUACUUCGACUCUGCUCUGUCGAAAUCUUCUUUAAGAGAAAAAUUGUAAAAAAAUAUUCAUAUACUUUCACGAUAUUCUCGAAUUUUUUUUUUUUUUUCACUCCAUAUACUCGAACGAUAAUUCUCGAAAUUAUCUCGUCGUGUUAUUAUAUAAUAUCAAAUCGAUGAUGUGUUUUUUUUCUUUUCUUGGAUCGAGAAAAUUUGGAUUAUAUUCGAUUCAAUUUUUAUAUCUUCGUUGAACAGAUGCAAAUCAAUAAAAUUUAGAUUUUAAUGGAA